AUGGCCGACAACCAACAGUCCUCGGGAUCAGCUCCCGAGGCAUCUUUCGCUCCUUUCCAAAAACUGCCUCCGGAGCUGAGAUAUCGCAUCUGGAACGAUGCGCUUGCCGUCACCGCUGAGCAGCGUCUGAUACGCCUUAACAUCCACGACCGGCGUUAUAAGACGCAUCAUUCAUGUAUCGCCGUUCAUAACCGUUUCUGUGGGCAGCAUACUCCAUGCAAGACAUACAUCAACGGUCAACCGAGUCGCAUCUCAAACUGCAUGAUCAACGGUUACUUUGCGUAUGAUCGAGCGGAUUCCGAUGGCCCUGAAGACCCGAAGAGAAGGGCAAACCUCAAAAAUAUCGGACUUUCCUGUCGUGAAGCUCGGUCGAUGGUUGUCUCGAGCUAUCCUGAGACCGUGAGGGUUUAUCGCGGCAGCUAUCUCCAAGGGGAGGGCACACGUUUUAUUCGAUGCGACCCAGCAAGCGAUGUUCUUGUCAUCACCAAGCUGCCAGUCCAUAAUUCGCACCCUCACCCCUCUCCGGGUGGAAAUCCUUUAGUUUUUAUGGAAGAACGUUCCCUUUCGAUGAGAUACCCUCGGGAUUCCAGGCUCUUUACAGAGUUUCGUCGCAUGCUCUCAAGUUUUCAACAUGUCGCAUUCCUACAUCAAGGACAUCGCCGAAGAUCUUUCCCCUUGGACCUUGCGAGGUCGGAAGAUUUCAUCAGUCUUCUAUUCUAUUUUGAGUCACUAAAGUCUUUGUACCUCUGGCCGGACCCUGAUCUUUGGCCCGAAGUGUAUGAGAACGUGGUCGAGGUGGACAACAUUGAGGACCUCCGUAUCUUGGACUAUGAACCUCGAUGGGACAUAGAAAACACGGCGGAGGAUAUCAUGAACAAGUAUAAAGCGCGAGCCGAGACUCAGAAUGCGCAUUUCGUCGAGGGCGAGGAGCACUGGAUCCCGAAACCAAAGCCCCUUGAGAAGAUGGGGUGUUAUGCUGCGGCAGCUUGGUUACCAAGACGGAUUACAGAGGAUGAGCUAGAGAUGGGGAUUAUGUCGGGUAUGCCAUCGGAGGGUGAUGAUGAUCCUGCGACGUACGACUUUUCCACGACGACAUACUAG